AUGCGGGUUUUGGGGGAUAUGGUGGAGGGCUGGAGCUUGGAUGGGGAGCAAGCUCGGCGAGAGAGCGGAGGGGAUGAGGAAAUGAGGAACCUUUUGAAGACCUUGGGGGAGGUUGAGCAGUUCUAUGAUUGCAUUGGUGGAAUCAUUGGAUUCCAUCGAGACUUGAAACCCAAGAAUAUACUUGCCAAUACAGACUGCAAGUUGAAAAUCUGUGACCUUGGACUUGCUCGUGUUUCAUUCAAUGAUACCCCAUCAGCUAUUUUUUGGACUGAUUAUGUUGCAACUCGGUGGUAUCGGGCUCCUGAACUAUGUGGUUCAUUUUUCUCUAAGUAUACUCCUGCAAUUGAUAUUUGGAGCAUAGGAUGUAUAUUUGCAGAGGUAUUAACGGGGAAACCAUUGUUUCCUGGGAAAAAUGUCGUGCAUCAGUUGGAUCUCAUGACCGAUCUACUUGGAACCCCUUCACCUGACUCCAUUGCAAGGAUUAUGAGAUUGAGGCAGUUUGCUAGUGCUCUGGUUGCUAGGAAUGGACAUGACAUUAGAUGGAUAGGUCCUGCAUUUUCUUUUUCUGUAAAUGCUGCAUGCAAAGUUCAUAUUCCUAUUCCCCUAAAGCUGAAUGGUGGAAUUUGGUGUGGAGGGAGUUAA